CACAUUUCAAUUUCUCAACCUAGUUUUUGAUAACUGAUCUUUCUAGUCACACAACAAAUCAUGCUUACGACUGAUAAGUAGAGGUCAAUUAAGAAAUGGUUAAAAGUUUAAAACUUUUACAAUAAUGGCAUGUGUUCAUGUGUCCCUCCCUCCCUUGAUAAAUAAUACUUCAAAAUGGAAAAAAGAGGUUAGGAAUAAAAACAAAUUUAGCCGAAAUUAGAUUAUAGAAUAUAGAUGAUUAAAUAUUUAAAGGGUUCUCCUCAUUCGAAUCUCAACCAUUAGAAGGAAAAAAAAAACUCAAUUCAAGAAUUUGAAUAAAGUCAGAAAGCUCAUAUAGAUUGGACAAAAACGAAGUUUGAUUUCUUUUUUGUGAUCUGAAGGCAAAGGAAGAAGAGAGAACAAUGGCGUUUACAGGGACUCUAGACAAAUGUAAGGCGUGUGACAAGACUGUUUACGUUAUGGAUUUGAUGACUUUGGAAGGUAUGCCUUACCACAAGUCAUGCUUCAGGUGCAGCCAUUGCAAUGGCACUCUCGUGAUUAGCAACUACUCAUCCAUGGAUGGAGUUCUGUACUGCAAGCCCCAUUUUGAACAACUUUUCAAAGAAUCUGGAAACUUCAGCAAGAAUUUUCAUACAGCAGGAAAGACCGAGAAAUCCAAUGACGUGACGAGGGCUCCAAGCAAGUUAUCUUCAUUCUUUAGCGGAACACAAGACAAAUGUGCAGCUUGUAAGAAAACUGUUUAUCCUCUAGAGAAGAUAACAAUGGAAGGAGAGUCUUACCACAAGACUUGCUUUAGAUGUGCACACGGUGGCUGCCCAUUAACACACUCUUCAUAUGCUGCUCUCAAUGGCAUCCUUUACUGUAAGGUCCAUUUCAAUCAGCUUUUUCUAGAGAAAGGUAACUACAAUCAUGUCCUAGCCGCUGCUAACCACAAACGCUCAUCUGAGGAAGACAAAACCGAAACCAACGAAGAACAUGAGUCCGAAGCAAACCCUACAGAAGAAGAAGAAGAAGCUUCUGGUGUACCCCUUGAAGCAGGUGAAGAACAUGACUCUUGAGAUAAUCCGGGUCAUAUACAUAAACUGUUUAUACAUUUUAUAAGUAAAGCAAUGUAUUAGACCAACAUAUAACUGUUACACUUGUAGCCCUUGUAUGUGAAUGUCUUCAUGCAUGAAAUGAAUAACAAAGAUAUUGAUUGAGCUAGCUCAAUCUCUAUGACAAUCAUUAUGUAGAUUAAACCCUAUUUUACAUUAAUUACUUUUUUGGAAGUUUAUGAUACUUCUCAUGCAGAAAAUUCAGAACUCUGAGAGUUGCUUGCGG